AUGACCCGCGUCUCGGCAUGGAUGUAUCUCUUCUACGGGACUGAUAUCAUUCAGAGCAAGUUUGACGAGGCAAAGGAUGGGUCCUUUGAAGUCCUUGCGCCAGACAAGCGAUAUGUCUUUGUCUCCUCGAGCAAGCAUCUACGUGAACUCGACACGGCGCCUGACACAGUUCUCUCUCUUCAGGCUGCAUCGAAGCAGAUGUUGCAACCACAGUACGCUAUGCAUAGCUUCAACUGGUUCGACCGCCGUGGCACUGAAGGCGUUGGUUUCGUUCGCGCCCUCCGCACCCUCUUGACCAACAACAUACCUCAGAUCCUCCCAAAUCUUAGUAUCCUGAUUACCUCGUCUCUCACUGAUGUGCUUGCGGAGCAUCCGAAUGUUGAUGCGCAAAUUGGAGCCGUCAUUCAGCGCUUCUUGUCGUCCCACAAGGCCGUCUACGAGGUAUUACUCCCAAUUGCCGACCAGCGAUGUCUCCAGCGGGAUCUUGGGAAACUUGGUGGCGAGCUACCAAAACAUGCCUGUAUCCAAUGGAUCAUGGAGACAUCACCCCGCAAGGCUCCCUGGUCCGGCAAGCGAGUUGUGCAUGAACUAAUGGCCAUCUGGCUUGGUUCUGUGCAUGCCCUUACCACGACUAUCACAUUCGCAAUCCGCGAUCUCUGCCUCCACCCCGAGUACGCCGAGCCGCUUCGCGCCGAGUUGGAGGCUGAAUACAAAAACUUCCUCCAGACAGGCCAGGGUCUUCCCCUGCUCGACAGUUUCAUCAAGGAGUCGGCGCGGCUUACUCCUGUUGAAUCUACCCUGGGCCCCUUUCAAUUCUCCGACGGGACAAAGCUGUCGCCCGGCGACUGGGCGUGCACGCCCGUGCGCGCAAUCAUGCAAAACGAAGCCCUGUACCCGGCGCCGCUCGAGUUCCAUGGUUUCCGAUUCGUCGAUCGCGAUAACGUCAGCAUUCACACCCCAGAGGGUGCUCAGCGAUUCCAAAUUCAACAGGAGAAGCCAUCUAGUCUGUGCAGUGCCGACGCGACGUGGCAUGUUUGGGGCUCGGGGAGGAUGGUCUGCCCCGGACGCUACUACGCCGCCGCAGUCAUGAAAGUCAUCCUUGCGCAGAUUAUCCGCGACUAUGACUGCAGCCUCGUCGAUCCGGCGGCCCGGAGGUGGUUUACGUGGCGAUCGACCACACUGCCGGGGCCGGGCACCAAGGUUGUGUUCAGCCCGCGCCAGGAUGUGUCCCGCGCCGUGUCUGGGGUUUAG